AUGCUUCUUCACACGCUAUUGUUUUUUCCUUGGCCCGUUUCUGUCUUUAAAACUAUUGAGCGCUGGAUUCAGAAUUUUAUUUGGGAAGAAGAUAUCGACAAAAGAAAAUUAGUUAUCGUUGCUUGGCAUAAGUGUUAUCAACCUUUUGCGGAAGGUGGUUUGGGUAUUAGAUCUUUGUUAUUUCUGAAUGACGCUUCAAAUCUCAAGCUCUGUUGGGACAUGUUAAAUUUGAAGGAUCAAUGGGCGGCAAUUAUUCGGCAAAGUGUUAUGCGAGGAGGAAGGCACAUCAACUACAUCAUUUUCUAUUCAUUGUGGAGCACUAUGAAGGGCUCUUUUGCUGAUGUCAAAGAUGAUUCAACUUGGAUUUUAGGCAAUGGCAAGAACAUUCAUUUUUGGCUUGAUAAAUGGGAAGGUUCUGUGGCUGUAAAUAACUCAGACUUCAAUUUUCACAAGCAGGACUUCCUCAAUGACAGAGUUGCAGAAUAUAUCUCUAAUUGUAAGUGGAGUUUUCCUCAGUGUAUUACAACACGUUUUCCUUCCAUUUAUAACCUUCUUUAA